AUGUCUUCGAUAUUGGAUGAGUUGGUAAUGGAGGAUGUUGCACUGCAUUGUCCUGUUGACUUCAUUGAGUACCAUAAGUGUAUCUCGAAGAAGGAUGAAGGAGAAGAUUGCAGUAUUUUACAAACAAAAUUAGCUACAUGUAUAAAGACUAAAGUGCCCUCGAUGCAGAAAAUCUUGAACAACUGCAGCGACAAGAUGACUAGCUAUCAAGAUUGCAUAAUGAAGAACAGAGAGUCCCGAACGAUCAAUGAGAAUUGUUUGGGAAUUCUUGAUGAAUUAAGAGAAUGCGCCCGGAAACAAGUUGCCCAUGAUCCAUUGCCAAUCAAUGAAAUGAAAUUACGUAAAAUCGACAAUGAGCUCAACCCAAAAUAG